ACAGAUAGAUUAGAGCACUGCCUUAUCUUAACUUUGCAAUGCAUUUGGGAAAGUCAGCCAUUAAUCACACCAUCAUCAGGUCUGAGACCAUUUAAAAUAACAAAAUGAAAAUAGUUGAAAAAAGUCAGUUCAUUAUCUGCCUUAUACUCUGUAUUAGUGGCUCCACCCCGCCAACAUUUUGCAAGCACUUUGACAGACAUAAAAUGUACAUGAAAGCGAAAGUUAAACAGUCAAGCAGGCAUCAGUAACUCAUCUAACCAUGACGGAACAAAGAAGGCGCCACAAUCCUAAAGACAGCACACUGAAAUUUGUUACUAGGCCGGAUGACAUAACGCUUGAUGAUGAUCCCAACACCCAGAGAUUAGAAAUGUCUUGUGGACAUGCUGUCACACCUGAAUCCCUCACAGCCUUCUGCCGCAGUCUUCUGGAUCAGGGUCAUUACAAGUUUCUGUGCCCAGCGAUAAAACAGGGAACUGAUAUCUGCGGGGCUAAUUGGCCAUACAUGGAAGUGCGGAGGAUUGCUUUACUGACUCAAGAAGAACAGAACCACUUUGAAGAGAAAAUGGCUGAACUAGCAGCAGCUAUGUACUAUGAAUAUAAUCCAUGCCCCAGGUGCAAUUCAUAUGUUGAGAGGCAAGACUUGACCAACCUGUGUGUAAUCUGCACCAUCUGUACCUCAGAUACUGGUGAGGAGUAUGAGUUCUGCUGGCAGUGUCUGAAGAGGUGGAAAGGACCAGCACCUCGCUCAGACAAGUGUGGCAACAGCAACUGCAUUAAUCUAAACAUUGAGCAGCUGUUAAAAUGUGAGAAUAUAAUCCUUCCUGAGGUUGAAGAUUUAGUAUGUCCCUCACUGCGAGCUUGUCCAACAUGUGGAAACCUGAUAGAGCAUGACAGAUCAGGGUGUAAGAAUAUAAUAUGUAAUCGCUGUCAUAUUGAAUUCUGCUUUUCUUGUCUGAAGAUAACUGACGAUUGUCUAGAAACAAGCUCACACUAUGAACCUUGCUCAGGUGGUGUAGCAGCACGGCAAACAUCCAUUCCAACCUGGAGAAAGUAGGCCACUGAAAUCUUCACAUAAUAUAGUUUUUAAAUAUCUUAAUAGUUUACAAAAUACAAUCCAAAUGUAAUAUGAUUAAAACUAAAACUCAUCAGUCAACAAAUCUAUCUUCAAGCUAUAUUGAAAAGUAUAUUAUGUUUGUCUUUAUUGUUAUUAGUUUUAUAACAACAUAAUUAAAUAACCAUUGUUUAUUAAGUUGAACAUUACCUGAUUUAUUUAGUAAAUUCUUCAUACCCUACUUCAAUUUUAUAUUUUUUUAAAAUGUUACAUUCAUUGAUGUUUGAGGGCAUUUGCUUUUGAGCAACUCUCUUAAUAAUCCACCAAAACAUCUCUAAAUAGGAAGGGUGUAUUUAUUUUUCCACCUGGUUUCUCACUGUUAGCUUGUGUUUUUGGAAAAAUGACAACAAAAAUUUUUCUUUGUAGAAGCCUGUUAAAUAAAACAGAAUUAAAGGAGGUGAAGGUUAUGUGUAUGCUAUGUAGUUCAUUCAGAUAUGCAUUUUCCAUUAUCUGUGUAUUUUGUAUAUACAGAUUAUGCUGUCAAGUUUCUAAUGAAUGAAAAAUACUAGUUUCCUUCUAUGAUGUACUUGGUAUCUACGAGCACCUCAAUACAGAAUAUUUUUUUCUCUCUCUGUUUUCAUAGGAAAUUUUAUUAACCUCAUUUAAUCCACUUUGAAUUCAUGCUUUCUGUAAUUUGUCUUUAGAUCAAGACCUCUUCAAGGGGUUUAUUACCAUAAAUAUUCAAAAUAACUUUCAUUUCUAACACUGAGAACGCCAUUUUGACUAACCAAAUGAAUUCAGGUAUAACUUGAGGCCACAAUUGGUCACCCAUUUCAAAUGAUAGUCAAACCAUAUACAGUAUACAUUUUGUAGAAAAACUAACAUGCAGGUACUACUUACAUUUAUUGUAAUAUGAGUUAGCUUACUUAAUGAAAGAACAUUUUUUAUACUGUAAGAUUUUAUCAUUUUCCAGCAGGUUUUUUGUUACUGCUUAUGAAGAUUUUCUUUGAAAACAAAAAUACAAUAGACCCAUUGUGCAAAGCUUUGAAAUCACAGAAUGGUGGCCACUUCUUGUCAUUCUCAACAAGUUAAGAGCACGCAACUAUCUGAGUGAAACAUGAAUAUAUUCACCAGCACUAGGCUUUUUGUCACUAUAUUGACUUACAAUGAAAUGAAAUACUUGGUACAUUAUAUAUUUUCUUUGUCAGCUGAUUGAAGACAUAGUGCACUGCCAAAAAGCUACUCACAGUGAAUUUCUGUUUUGCUUUGGCAUGCCUUUUACAUCCUGCAUUGUAAAACAUCACCUGAUAAAUAUGUGGAAUUACCCUCAGUGAAUGCUGCUGCACCUGUUGUAGAAUAUGAACAAUGAGAACAUUUCCUGGAUAAACAAGGUCUUUGAUAUAAAGGUCAAUGAAUAAAAAAAUCUUGUCAUCAGCUAAUGAAUUGAAUUUAGAUUUUUCAAGCAAUAUAUAUAUAUAUAUAUAUAUAUAUAUAAUAUAGCUUUUUCAUAGAUUUUUCAAGCAAUAAUAUAUAUAUAUACCUCAGAAAUUCCAGAUUUCAAAAGAGUUAUUUUUGAGUUAUUGUGCCUGUCAGAGUUUUCCUUUAUUCAUGUGGUCAUUAUGCUGUUCAUAAACAGGAUAUGAUAUUAUUGUGUGAAAUUUGAGUGAACACAUUUGAAAAUAUGUAUUUAUUUUAUUACCUGGCAAGAAAAUAAUUGAUCUGUUUAGAGCAAGCUAGCUGAAUAUCGAA